UUCCUAGCCAUGGCGUCUCCCCUCGCCUCCUCUCGUCUUUGUCUCAGUCCCUUGUUAACUCCGUGCCUGGAUUUUUGGUGAAAUUUUCCAUACAUCAUUUCAUCCCCGCUUCUCUAACCCUCUUUUCCCCUUCCACAUCUUUUCCCCUCGUUGGUGCUUCGUCUCCCCUUCACCCUUCCCUUUCCCUGUCAGCUGACGAUGCCUGCCCCUUUCUCUCUCUGUCUUCUUCCAUUUUUUCUCUCUCUCCUUGGUUUCUCUAUCGUGUUGCUGUACAUACAUGUUCUUGUUUUCCCCGUUUACUUCUCCCUUACUCUCUUCCUUUCUCUUCCUCGCUCCUCUCCCUCCAGUCUCCUCCCUGAGAUUUUUAAUGUCCUUUUCCGUUUUCUUUUUCCACCCUUUCCUCUUCCAUGCGCACUCACCCUUUCUCUCCCUUCACCCUCGCUAACGGAUAACGGAUAAGGGGACGAGAGGGAACACACAACUGGCCUUGUUUUGUGCACUUUUUUCUCAUAAAAAAGAGGGACAAGUUGAAUCAAGGGGAAAGAUAUAGCGGAGACGGAGGGGAGAUUAUUAAACUCAAUUCUGUCUUUGUUUCUCUGUCUGUUUAUCUGUCUGCUUACGCAGAUGAUGGCGUGCGGUUUCGGAUUGACGACAUUGCAGUUGCACAAUGGUACGCGCAUUGCGUAUUUAUUUUUUUUUCACUUUCUUUUGCUUCGUAUCGCUUCUGAUCAAAGCGGGGUCGGCCCUAACUGUAGGGUGUGGUUGUAAUAAAGAGUUCAACGCUGUUGUGCGUUACCGUUUUCCGUCAAGAAUGCAGACAAAAGGCAGAAGUGAAGGGGUUGACUGUGACGCCUUCAGAGCAGCAGUGAUAAGAAGGCUGAAAUGUUUUCUGAUCCUUUAUUGUUAAAAUCUUUAAAGUCAUCACUCGCUGCAACUAAAUUUUUUAUUACGAAUAGUCCAAUGAAUUUUAAUACCCAGCGGCCAGAGCAGAGCGUCAUGCAAGCCCUCGAGAGUCUUAAUGACGGACAAGUGAAUGACUUCUUGACGGGCAAAGCCCCCCUCAACUUGACUAUGCGCCUUGGUGACCACAUGAUGCUGAUUCAACUGCAGCUGUCCACGGUGUCCCCAGGCGGGUCCAGAAAGUCACGCCUCCAGACCAACCAUUCUCACUCACACAGCCAUGCACACUCCCAUGGCCAUAGCCAUUCUCACACUCACACACACACCACACACAGCCACAGCCAUGAGCAAGGAGGUUCUGCUCGUACCUCUGCACACAGCCAUCCUCUAACUCCUCCCUAUACCCCUCAUAGUCCAGUCACAUGUGCAGGCUACUCUCCUGUGCACACGUCCCCUGUGUCUGGCCAAUCCACACCCCCAGCCUCUGUCACUAUCAACCCUAGUCAAAUCUCUUCCACGACAUCGUCAUCUGCUAGGGCUGCCUCCCCAUCUUCCCCAUCUUCUACAUCUUCCACAUCCUCUUCCCCGACAUCCUCAUCAGCAUCCUCUUUGCUUCACCACCACCACCACCACCACAAUAAUCUCCUCCUCCACCACCAUGGUGCGGGUUACUCAUCUCCUUCGUCCCCACCCCCACCCACCUCUCCGUACUUAGCCACGCCCCCUCACCAUCAUCACCACCACCACCAUCACCAUCACCACCACCAUCACCACCAUCACCGCCCUAUACCUAGCUCCCCCUCAACCCCAAACAGCCCAGCCUCUUCCUCGUCUUCAUCCUCAUGCGGAUCCAAUGCCAGCUCUCCCUCAGGCCUUGGGUAUGACAGUGACUUACCUGUGAGAGGUUGCCCUCACAGGGGUGAGGAGAUGGAUCUCAGGGCUACCCUGGACACCAAGGCCCUAGCAGAGGCUUCUCGUAAUCUUACCCAGACCCUCAAGCAGCUCUCUUCUGAGGUCCUCACGUCCAAGCCAGAGCUGAAACAGGAGAGUCGAUCCCCUCCAGAAAUUGCUGCAACUUAUUUAGGCACAAAAGGAGCCAGUGAUUGCACCAACAAUAUUGGCCCCAGCAGUACCACUAGUAGUUGUAACAGCAAUGGAAGCAGUGGCUCCAGCAGCAGUAGUAGUAACAGCAGCUACAGUAGCAGUGGUAGCAGUAGCAACAGCAGCAGCAACAACAACAGCAGCAGCAACAACAGCAGCAGCAACAACAGCAGCAGCAACAACAGCAGCAGCAGUAACAGCAACAGCAGCAGCAGCAGCAGCAGCAGCAGCAGCAGCAGCAGCAGCAGCAGCAGCAGCAGCAGCAGCAACAGCAGCAGCAGCAAUGGCUCCAGCAACAGCAAUGGCACCAGCAGUAGUAGUGGAAACAAUAACAACAGCAGUAAUUUUAAGAAACAAGGAGCUAUCAUUGAGAGUAUGCACCACCAUGGGAAAGGAGUGUACUCAGGCACUUUCUCAGGUACCCUCAACCCAGCACUGCAGGACAGGCAGGGACGGCCAAAACGGGAUAUUUCAACAAUAAUCCACAUACUUAAUGACCUUUUGUGUGCCACACCACAGUAUCGUCGCCACAACACCAGCAUUACCCUUAGUUCAACGACACCCUCCAGGACCAAGAGUUCAGGGAGCAGUGCACCCAAGGAGAAGGGAAAGCCAUUGAAUACCUCCUCAGCAGACAUCCCACAAUCUCAGGAGGACAUGAUGGAGGCAAACAGGAGGAAAGCUGUUGAUGAACCACAAGCUGGUGACCAGGAUUCAGGUGAUGAAAAUCAAGCAAUGCGAACAAAGGUGGAGCAGCUACGCCUAAUCAUGGAGCAGCGACGGGCCAGGCGCAAAGCUCGGCGUGAUGCCCGGGCACGCCCUUACCCACACACUGCUGCAUCAUGGGCCACAGACACCACAGUGCCUGCUGUUGUCACCACAACCAGCACAGCGGCAGCAUCUGCUACUCAAGCAAUGGAUGUGGAUGGAGGAGAUACUGAUGGUACUGAUCCCACCACCCUAUGUGAGCUCAACUCAGAGACUGUAGUGGCUUAAUGAUGGCCCAUCAUUAGAAGGAUGUUAGGUUAAUGUGUAGGGAGGAUUUGCCACUGUGAAUUGUUUAGAUGGAUUUAGGUGUAAGUGAUGAGUAUACCUUUGCACAACUGCCUAUAGCCCAAGGUGACUCAAUUUAGCCAAGGUGGUCAAGCCUUUAUGUUGAAAGUCUUGUCAUUUGGCAGGAAGUAAGAAAAUGCAAGGUCUGUCGUCUGUGAUUUAGGGUUGACUGUGUUGCAGCAGAACUGUGACACAAAAGCAGUGUUUGAUGAUGUGCUUCCAUAGUUGGAAAAGGUGAGUGUUCCAGAUCAAUCAAGGAAGGAGACCUCUCAAGGUGUGCUGAACUUGACUAAUAAAUUGUUAUAGCACUGUUUGUCAAAACUACCUUGAGGAGAGAGACAAUAAUAUCCUGGGGUUGAUUUAAAAAAAGGAAAAAUAAAACAAAAACAAACAAAAAUAAAAAUGAUUAGCAUUAAUCAGAUUAUGAUAAAAACAGUGUUAGAGCAUGUUAGAAAUAAACUUCUUGAUUAUUGAGAGCUCUGCAGGGUACCCGAGCCAUGUUCUUGCUUGUGGUUUAGAAGGGACUUGGCAUCUUAUUGCAUGUAUUAGUUGAUCCUUUGAGCCCCAAGAGAACCCCUCUUGAUGUGACACUCAGGAACCACAAUCCCUAAAGGAGAUUUGGUCAGUUAUCAUGGAAGCUCCGUAAUUCUUGAGUGGCAUUUUUGACGACCAUCAGUCCAUUUAGUAGUAUUGUUGAGCCACAAGGAUUCUCUCACCAUAUGGCAACCAGAAGGAAAGAAAAAGAAGAAGAAGAAAAAAAUAGUAUAGAAAAUAUAUAAUGAGGAGGGUACUGUAUCAUCAGAGAAAGGCUGAAUCUACCUCGUCAUGUAACCAAUCGCUACUUCUUUUAAUACAAGCAGAUAAUUUUAUCCCUGUUCUAUUGAUAUAUAUAUACAUAUAUAUACAUAUAUACAGUAUGGUGUUAUAAAUCAGGACGUGACCUCAGCUGUUACACCGCCAUAGAUUCCAUUGCCAUAGUUUUGUCUAGAUGUGGUUAACUCACUUUCCGUGUCUUUAUUGACUUAAGCUUGUAUAUGAGGUUUUGAACUACCCCAUCCCAUCCCACCUGAUGUCACUAGCUAUGGAGAUGAUAUUGCUUAAGUUGUCUGUGUUUACUUGAUACUUGUAUCCAGUGCGGGUUUUACUUCUUGUGUGCGCCACCUGAGCUGUAAAUAACACAUUUCCUAUCUGCCUUUUGAAGAUGCAUAGACAUCUCUAUUGAUCAAAAAAGUAGUUGUGAAUGUGGUUUUCUAGUUCCCUUGCUCAGUCUUUGAAUAGUAGGACAAAGAUCUUGUUUUUACAACCAAAAUUAUGGCAGUCAUUUUUCUGUCAAGACAGGAAUAUAAGCCAAGUCUGAAGUUUGUUUAGCACUGGCUUUGUAAUGACUAAUAUAGGAAUCCUCAUGGCUAGUUACUGGAUAGAGCAAAAGUUUGACACAGAAAAGGUAUAAUGGAAGCUAAGAAAAAAUUAUAUUUGCAAAUAUAAGUCUGAAGCUUCUCAUUUCACAUUACAUGUACAAAGGCAUUUUCUUCAUAUCAUGCUUCUCAUAGUUGUUACUAUUUUUUAUUUUACUUUAUUUAUUUAUUUAUUAUUAUUAUUGUUUUCAUUUUUUUAGCAUUUGUAACUUCAGUUAAGUUUUGGUUUAGGACUGAUGUUCAACAGUUUGUUUUAUUUGAGAGUGCAAAAUCAUCAUCAAAGUUAAAAGAUGUUUCUUCAGCAUGUGUUUUUGAAGAUUUGAUUAGUAAAUUGAUCCACUUUAGUGUUUUUUGUUUUUAUUACAUGUAUCUGAAAGGUGUAUGCCUUUAGGGAGGAGUAACAAAUGUACCUUUACUUACAUCAGCAAACAGGUUUAUGGAUAUCACAGAUAUACAUGAAUAGUUUCAAUUAGGAAUAUAUAAGAUUCGUCGGAAUGUUGCAAAAGAACCAAAACACCUUGUGGGUGUUUUUCUGGGUACUUGCAACAAUGGCAUUGUCAUGUGUUUCUGUGAUUGAAGUGGGACAGUACUGAAAAGUUAAGGCUGCAGCUGGUGAUGCUUGAUGAGUCCAUAAUCUUAUCAAAGGCAUCUGUAGAAAUUUCUCAUACACAUUUUACAGAUUCCUCACCUGAGCCUAGACUUCACUGUACUCCCACUUGCAACAAACUAGACUAUGGUCUACAUUGUGAUAUUAGAUAGCCUGGCACCCAGAUAUUGUCAUCGGCCAUAUUAUUUUUUAUUUUUGUAUUUAUUGAAAUAUACUUUUUUACACCCCUUGGCAAGGAUGGAACCAAGGGAUCCCACAUACUGGUAUUUUAAUAACAGGCUUUCGUGUGGCAUAUCUGAUGUUCAGCCCACCUGGUUCUUGGAAGUUGCUAACAAUACUUAUUUAUUCCUCAUUAUUCCUGUUCUUUACCAUCAUGGUUAUUAGUGCCCAUUUCUCUAUGUUACAUGUUUACUAAUACUGAUUAGUAUUUAUUUCCCCCAGUCACUUUUUUCUUCUGAUUGUUUAAAGAUAUUAAAAAAUAAAACGCCAGACACAUCAGGAUUAUAGCAAGUUUUGUCUUUAUAUCUUGCCACACAAAUGGUACAAGACCUAGAGAAAAUUUAUUUGAGUGUUUGUAGAUUAACGCAUGGCCUCUGCAAUAUGUGCAAGGAAAAGAAAAUUGUAGAUAUAGCAGGCAUAGUUUUACAUAGAUCAGUGCAUGCCUGUUUAUUACAAGGUUGGAGAAGUUGAGAAGUGAGUCUUCCGUAUAACAACUUAGAUAUUUUUUUUCACUGAAGGGAAUGUGUAUGUCUCCUUCAUGCAGUAAAUAUCCCAGUUCUGAGUUGGGUCUUGCAUGUUUCAUGUGCCAGGAGUGUGUUUUUCAUCUUUUCAUUAUAGGUUUGAUCUCAUACAAUAAAGUUGUCUAUGGUGUGCCGGCGUAUCCAAAAUGUUGCUGACUUGGAAGUUGCUAGUAAUAUUUUCUUUUAUUCUGAGAAAUCUAGGGGUUAUUCUUUGUUUGACAUCUAUUUAUAAUGAAAGAUUUUAUAAAAAAAAAAAAGUGUUAUGAUGAAUGAGAUGGUUACAUAUUGUUAAGUUAGAAUUGUUAGCAAAUAAUGUAUUUCUGUUUAGGUUGUUGGAACAAAAUUUGCCCUUAUAUUGUUUCAAGUGAGUGGGUAUAGUACUUUAUUUUCACCGUUGAUUGAGCACAUUGGCCUUCUUGCAAAAUAACUUGUUACUUUAUAUGGCAAUAUUGCAUAAUUUGGGCAUUUCUUUGAAUCGUGUUAUAUAUAUAUAUAUGUCUAUGGGUAAUUUUUAUUUUUAUUUUCCAUUGUUAAUUGGUAAGUUGUUGGUGGUAUUCAAACCAAGAUGCUGAUUUUCAGAAGUUUCUUGAACUUAUUGGGUACCAAAAUAAACAUUUGAAGUCCUCAAUAUUGACUAUAUUAGUCUGCAUGAGGAUAGAAAAUAACAGCUGGCCAUAGGCUGUACUUGGCACAUAAGCCUAAGGUCGGAUAUGGCACCCACGCUGACAUUUUGCUUCUUUCCUUCCUCGCCAUAAGGCGAAACGGAGCCAAAUGUCGGCCCUGUACCUCAUUAGGCUCAUGUCCCCCUCUUUGGUAAGUGAUUCACAAGAAGUCUCAUCUUCGCCAUCAGGUAAAGUUAAAACUUCAUUUGGGCAGCCACAGUUACAGACAGUAAGCAAUGGUGAUAUUGUUGGACUUAGAUGCAUUUUUGAAAUAACAGUCACUGUUCAUAGCUGUUCUGUGGCAGGAUUGUGAAUAUCAGCCUUAGAAAUUGGACCAUUAUGGUAGACAUAGGAGUCAAUCACUUUGUCCAAAAUAAGAUUUUCACUUUUUUUCCCUCCCUCCCUUCCUCUUCUUCUGCCCCCCCCCCCCCUCUCUCUCUCUCUCUCUCUCUCUCUCUGUCUCUCUCUCUGUC